AUGGUGCCUUCAGUGGAUCCUUUACCCUUCAAACUUUUCCUGGGUUACAUGGAUUACCCCACUGACACAAAUUAUGUAGCGAUGACCGAGAUGCCCCUUCCGGGAACUACUCAGGAAGAAAGAUAUACCUGGCUUCUUAGCCCCGCAAAUUUAAAGGGGAACACUGGGUUGCAUUAUCUGGUGGUGAGGCCUAUUGUUGGUCCAGGUAUCAAAUCUAUCAAUGCCACGUUAUCUAUUACUCCCAUUACAUCUUCAUGCAAAUUUUGGAAUGAAACUCUGCUGGACUGGAAGGAUUCUGGAUGCAGAGUUGGUGUCAAGACCACACAUUUAGUCACCCAGUGCCUCUGCAAGCACCUUACUUUCUUUGGCAGCUCUUUCUUUGUGACUCCAAAUCUGGUCGAUCCUUCACGCACUGCUGAGCUUUUUGCAACCUUUGCUGAGAAUCCAGUGGUUGUGUGCUUUGUUGGCGCUCUAUUUGUGACCUACCUCCUCGUGGUUGUGUGGGCCCGAAGAAAAGACAUCAAAGACACAGUCAAGGUAAAGGGUACGGUGCUGGAGGACAACGACCCCAUGGACAAUUAUCGCUAUCUGUUGUGUGUUUGCACUGGACAUCGUGUAGGUGCCUCCACUUCCUCACAGGUUAUAGUCACUCUGCUGGGUGCAGAUGGAAACAGCAAGCCUCACCACCUGACUGAUCCAAAGAAACCUGUUUUUGAGAGGGGAGCGGUGGAUUUGUUCCUGCUGACUACACCCUCCUCUUUGGGCGAGCUGCAGGGCAUCAGAUUAUGGCACAACAAUUCUGGGAGUCAUCCUGCUUGGUUUGUAGGCAACGUCCUGGUGCAGGAUUUACAGACAGAACAGAAAUGGUAUUUUCUAUGCAAUUCCUGGCUGGCAAUAGACAUGGGUGAUUGCUGCCUCGAUAAACUCUUUCCUGUUUCUACAGAGAUGGAUCUGAAGAAAUUCAGUAAUCUGUUCUUCAUGAAGACAGCGAGGGAUUUUAGUGACGGCCACCUUUGGUACUCUGUGAUCAGUCGACCACCGAGCAGCACUUUUACUUGUGUACAAAGGGUUUCCUGCUGUUUCUCCCUGCUGCUGUGCACCAUGCUGACCAGCAUCAUGUUUUAUGGGAUCCCAACAGACCCCUCAGAUCAGGUCAUGGAUUUGGGUCACUUUGAGUUCACCUGGCAGCAGUUCAUGGUCGGGGUCCAGAGUUCCCUCAUCAUGUUUCCAAUAAACCUCCUCAUAGUCAGCAUCUUCAGAAACACUCGUCCUCGGGAGACGUCUUGUUGUUGCAGCAAAACAAAGAAAGCGAGUCGCCUCCAGCAAAAGGGCGGCGUUUCUUUGCAAGCGACAACCACCGCCACCAACAAUGGAAGCGUCACUUUAGAGAUCAUCAUAAAAGACAUUUCAAGAAUCCUUCAGUCGCUCUAUGAGCUAACCAAAUGCAACAUUCCAUCCAACGAGUCUGAAUUUGGGCCUGGAAAGGAAACUGACAUCAGUGCUGUCCUUGCUGAGGUGGAAGAAUUUCUCAAACAGAAUACCAAAUGCAGCAAUGACACCCAGACAAAAGCACAGUCUCAACUAACAGACGAGGGUAUUGAGAAGAAGAGCAACAAAAUCCAGCAUCUACACAGACAGAUAUGUCAUCUUUCAAAGCAGCUGAGUGUGAUGGGCCCCUCCAGCUUCCCCAGCCCACAAACUUUCGAUAACGCCGAGCGGCAGGUCCAGGGGAUGAAGAGCUUCCUUGAAGAUCAGUUUCUGGCAUCAAGCCAUGUGGACCAAGAUGACCCUAUAUAUCAGAAGAAUAUUCCUGAGCAUGGCACGUCAAGUGAUGGUGGUAAAAAGAAAAAGCCACAGCCUCGGGGUGUGUUACCCUGGUGGUUUGUCUUUGUUGGCUGGUUGCUGGUGAUUGGAACCAGUUUUGUAUCGGGAUAUUUCACAAUGCUGUAUGGACUGAAAUUUGGGAAGGAGCGCUCCAUCAGCUGGUUGGUGUCCAUGAUCAUCUCCUUCUUUCAGAGUCUUCUCUUUAUUCAGCCAAUAAAGGUGAUAUGUCUUGCAGUCUUCUUCGCAUUGGUAAUAAAGAGAGUUGAUGAAGAAGAUUUUGAAAAUGUGGCAUUUGAAAGAAACCCUGGUGAUCAAAAUAAUCAACCCACAAAGCAAAGGGAUUACCACCUCUAUGAGCCACCUCCUCCUGCAGACAUCGAGAGAAUGAAAAGGAACAAGAUUUUGGAACAGAAGGCCUUUGCUUUGCUCAGUGAGAUUUUGGUUUAUAUGGGAUUCAUGUGGAUGUUGCUGCUGGUGGCCUACGGCCAGAAAGAUCCCAACGCUUUUUUCCUCAAGAAGCACAUUAGAAAUAGCUUUGCUAAAGAUGUGCCAGACACCAUGACUCUUCAGGAUGUGUUUACAUGGGCUAACACCACUCUGCUCCAAAACCUUUUUGGUGAAUACCCAGGAUUUAUUACAGAUGGAAACUCCAAGCUGGUGGGGAAUGCCCGUCUUCGGCAGUUAAGAGUUCAGCAGAAGUCAUGCCAGAUUGCAAGUGUCAUGCUUGCAUUAGCGCCGGACUGCCAUGCCCCAUAUUCAUGGGAGAUAGAGGACACGGGGUCCUACGAACCUGGCUGGAAUCAUUCUGUUAAAGAUAAUAUUUCUGUAAGCGCCUCCUCUCCAUGGACGUACCAGAGCGAAGCCGAGCUCAGGACUCAGCCUGUCUGGGGAAGGCUGGUGCUCUACAGAGGAGGGGGCUUUGUAGCUGAGCUCGGCCCUGAUUUUGAAAAUGGAAGCAGCACACUUGAGUAUCUUUUCCACAGUAAAUGGCUCGAUAAGUACACAAGGGCAAUCUUUGUGGAGUUCACUGUUUAUAAUGCAAAUGUGAACCUCUUCUGUAUCGUCACACUCUUGAUGGAGACCCCAGCAGUAGGAGCAUUUCAGUUCCACAGUGAACUGCAGGUUAUUCGUCUUUACCCGUCAACAGGGGGUCUUUACUUCUUCGUCAUGGCUGCUGAGAUCAUUUAUUUGCUAUUCAUUAUUUAUUACAUGUUCAAGCAGGCCAAAUUACUGAAGCAACACCGCUGGCUUUACUUCAAGAACAAGUGGAAUCUUCUAGAGCUGAGUAUCAUCCUGCUGAGCUGGAGCGCUGUGGCUGUUUUUAUCCAGAGGACCCUGCUUGGAAACCGAGACAUGACCUACUACCAAAACCACAAAGACCAAUUUGCCAGUUUUUAUAAGACAGCAACGGCUGAUUCAAUACUUCAGUAUUUAGUAGCCUUUCUGGUCCUUCUAUCCACGGUCAAACUGUGGCACCUUCUCAGACUGAACCCCAAGAUGAACCUGAUCACGGCUGCACUGCAUCGAGCAUGGAAUGACAUAUCAAGUUAUCUGCUGAUCAUCUUGAUCACGUUAGUGGCGUACUCAGUUGUGAGCAAUGUGAUUUAUGGCUGGAAGAUUUCAUCCUACAAAUCCUUUAUAGAUUCUCUUUUAACCAUCAUCAGUCUGCAGAUGGGUAUUUUUAACUAUGAUGAGGUGUUGGACAGUCACCCUGUGCUUGGUGGAUUGCUGUUUGGCUCCUGUAUUGUCUUCAUGACGUUUGUGGUUCUAAAUCUCUUCAUAUCCGUGAUUCUGGUGUCGCUAAACAUGGAGCAAAUGUACCACAAGCCCUCUGAAGAAGAAGAGAUCGUUGACCUCCUGCUGACCAAACUCUGCAACCUGUUUGGCAUCAGAUAUAAGCGUGAAAAAGGCCCCGUGGAGCCUGAUGAGGAGGGCAGCAGCAACUUGACCCUUAAUAACAGCAAGGCUCUUCUUGCUAACUCCUCAGCUGAUGCCAACAUUUAUCAAAAGUCUGACUACUAAAUAAACACUUAACAGUUUUCAAUGUAAAGACAUUACGCAAUAAUAUCAUCAUGCUAAUUUGGUCCCUCCUGUUCUGUUUUUACAUUUUGCUUGCAUAAAAUAUUUCAAUGUUUUGCUUCCAAACUUGCAUUUAAUCAGUGCUUUGAUAAAUUUCUAUGUAAAUUAGGCAAACUCUAAUCUAUCAUAUGUGCAAGUUGUCUUUUACAUUACAUCUAAUAGCUGCUUAUUCUCCUUUCCUUUACUAUUGUAUCGUUUCAUGAGAUCCAUUGGAUUUUAGUAUAAAGCGGCAGAAACUGAAUAUUCUAAUCAAUGAGGGGUUCAAUAAAGCUUAUCAACAAUA